GUAAAAGCCAAAAAAAAAAAGAAAAAAGCAAAAAAAAGAGAAAUGAAUACGAAGAGAAAGAAAGAAGAAAACUCAGCUCUGAAGAUCAUAUUAACAUUUCGGGACCUUUAGGCUCUAACGCCCUUGGCCAUGGCUCUGCUGCAGCCACGGGCUUCGCCUCAUUCGACGGUGACAAUCUGUUCGUCAUCUCCUUUCUAUACAUGCCAUCUUGGCAGAUUCCGCUCCAACCUCUUUGGUUCUAAAUCUCGAAUUACGUAUGUAAAAUCCAAUCACCGGAAGCGGUAUGCACGCUUCAGAGCUUCCUGGCAAGAGCUUGCUGGUGUUUUAGUGUUGUCUUCGAUUCCUUUCACAGCCGUGAAAGCCAUAGCUAAUAGCCCCCUGGGAGAGUCGCUUCAGAGGAGAAUGGAGGAGAGAAAGAAGGUUGCGGUUGAGAAUUCUUCUAAGUUCAAGGCCUUAGCCGAAAAGGCAAGAAAAGAUAGUUUGUGGUAUGGAGAAAAGCGUCCUCGUUGGCUUGGUUCAAUACCAUAUGAUUAUCCUGCAUAUCUCACUGGCGAUUUACCUGGAGAUUAUGGAUUUGAUAUUGUGGGUUUCAGUAGGGAUCCUGUGGCUUUCCAGAAAUAUUUCAACUUUGAAAUACUGCAUGCUCGCUGGGCUAUGCUUGCGGCCCUUGGUGCUUUGAUUCCAGAAUUAUUAGACCUAUUGGGAGCUUUUCACUUUGCUGAACCUGUCUGGUGGCGAGUUGGCUAUUCCAAGCUCAAGGGAGAUACACUGGACUACCUCGGUAUCCCAGGACUCCACUUAGCUGGAAGCCAAGGAGUGGUUGUCAUAGCUAUAUGCCAAGCUUUACUGAUGGUUGGGCCAGAGUAUGCAAGAUACUGUGGGAUUGAGGCAUUGGAGCCUCUAGGAAUCUACUUGCCGGGCGAUAUUAAUUAUCCGGGAGGAGCACUCUUUGAUCCCCUGAACCUCUCUAAAGACCCCAUAGCUUUCGAGGAUUUGAAGGUGAAGGAGAUAAAAAAUGGGCGCUUAGCCAUGGUUGCCUGGUUAGGCUUUUACGCCCAAGCGGCUUUGACAGGUAAAGGCCCUUUACAGAACCUUAUUGAGCACCUCUCAGAUCCCUUCCAUAAUAACAUUCUUUCCUUUCUCAAUCUCAUGUAAAUAAAUUCUUUCCAUAAUUCCAUUGUACAUAUACACGCUUGUAGAAAACACCUUACUAAUCAGAUUAUAUCAAUGUAUUAGUUUUGGGGUGAGGCUUACGCUUCACAGCACGAGGAUUGUUUUAGAAUAAA